GGGCUGCUGGUGGUGGUGUCCAGCAGCUGUGCUGUGGUGGUAAAACUGCAUCCACGCAUGACUUGAAACAGGCUUUGACAGCAGCUGUGAUACCUUGGGCGCAAGAUCCUGCUUGUGACAAGCAAAGAGAUUCCGUGUUUCAGUGUGCCAUGGGACAAGGGGAGGGGAGUGGAUUCUGCUCCAAUGAUGGGAAAGUGGAGGAGCUCCUGGGUCCCGGGGACGGAGGGGCAUCCACCAACCCGGAGAUGCCUGAGGGUAUGGACAAAAGGACACACAAAAGACUUCUGGACAAGUGGUAUGCAGUCCACCCAGCGUGUGCCCUGGUGCUGGCCGCGCUCCUGGCUCUGAUCCUGACUCUGGUCGCGGCUGUUGCUGUACUAUCGGGAAGAUGCGGAGGGAAUCCAACCGUGCCUGCGGCUCUGGUGCUGGCCUGUCCUGAGGACUGGGUUGCGUACGGCAAGGUCUGCUACCACCUCUCGAGGGAGGAGGGGAGCUGGGAGUGGAGCCAGGAGCAGUGCUCCUCCCUCGGGGCCUCGCUGGCUGUGCUCAGGAUGAGGUGGGAAAUGGGGUUUCUCUUGCGUCUCAAGGGCAAUGCUGAUUACUGGCUUGGGCUGCGGAGACAGGGCGAGCGGCUGGAGUGGGUGAACGGCAGCAGCUUCAACCACACGUUCCCGGUGCACGGCCAAGGAGCCUGUGUGUAUUUGAACGACGAUGCUGCUGCGAGUUCAAGCUGCUCACAGCAACGGCCGUACAUCUGCAGCAAGCCCCAAGCUCUGAUGUGACAGAGGUGAUGGAGAAAGGACCUUCUCCGUGCUGGGGACUCACAGCUUCACCUCUUUCACCAGCGUCGAGUAGCGCAGGGAUGUUCUUGCCUCAGCUGCUGGUGCAGGUUGCUCCUGGUCUCCGCAACAACUCACUGCCGGGUCUUGGGGAGAUGAACCUGCAGGACGGGGAGACAUCGUGGAAGCGGACAUGUGGCUGCCUGGACUGGGGGCUCGGGUUGCGCGUGGCGCGGGUUUCUUUCUCCUUCUGGGCCCACCCCAGAACUCAUCUUGCUUCUCUCGCGGUUCGCGUAGAUCUGCUGUUGCGCUGUGGCGAUGGAGCUCGAGCAGCUGCUGCCGGAUGAGAUGGGCGCGGAGAGCUCAGCGGAGGUCCCUGGCACUGUGCGGGGCCGACAGGACAGAGAGCCGGGGUGUGAAGCGGCCCGUGUCUGGCGCCCACGAGAGUUACAGAUGUCGAUGCUGUUUUUCUCCUGAUUUUUUUAUUAAAACAUGGUA